UUCUUUCUUUUUUUCCCGCUCUGACAGCCACUACCCCUUCAUUGGAAGCGAAGAUACGCCGCGAGUUGGCGUAGUGGUGCAACCCACGUCGUCCCACAACCACUGCUACGUACCCCUCGCACCCAACCACCUCCUCCACGUCCUCUUCCCCCUCCUCUUCUCCUUCUUCUAGCUAGUCUCCAUCGGGUCUCCCACCUUCCCUCCCUCCCUCCCAUCGUGUACGCUACGUACGAGAAACCACCAGCCAAUACCGCGUCCUCUCCUCUCCUCAUCGCUGCCACCUCAAGGGGCGCGCGCGCGUGCUCCUGCUAAGUAGGUACAUAGGGGACCGGGCGGAUCGGACCAACAGGAUGGACGUCGGCGGCGGCAGCAGCGGCGGUGGCGAGGAGGAGGAGGUGGACCGGGCCGCCGGCGCCGGCAGCAGCCAGCCGCAGCGGAUGAAGAUCGGCUGGCCCACCGACGUGCGCCACGUCGCGCACGUCACCUUCGACCGCUUCCACGGCUUCCGCGGCGUCCCCGCCGAGCUCCAGCCCGAGCCCGCCCUCGCCAAGGCCCCCAGCGCCAGCAAGACGGCGUUCGGCGUGUCGACGGAGUCGAUGCAGUGCGCUCACGACGCGGGGAACAGCGUGCCCACCAUCCUGCUCCUCCUGCAGCGCCGCCUGUACGAGCAGGGCGGGCUCAAGACGGAGGGCAUCUUCCGCGUGGCCGCCGACGGCGCGCAGGAGCAGCGCGUCAGGGACCAGCUCGACCUCGCCGCCUCCGUGCCGGAGGACGCCGACGUGCACUGCCUCGCGGGGCUCAUCAAGGCCUGGUUCAGGGAGCUGCCGGGCGGCCUGCUGGACGCGCUGCCGGAGGAGGAGGUGGCGCGCUGCGCCACGGAGGAGGCGGCGGCGAGGCUGAUCGGUAAGCUGCCGGCGGCCAAGGCGGCGCUGCUCGACUGGGCCGUGCAGCUCAUGGCGGACGUGGCGAGCGAGGAGGCGCGGAACCGGAUGGGCACCCGCAACGUCGCCAUGGUCUUCGCGCCCAACAUGACGGAGGAGGUGGAUCCUCUGACAGCGCUCAAGUACGCGGUGCAGGUGAUGAACUUCCUCAACCUGCUCAUCGAGCGGGCGCUCCGACAAAGGCAGCAAGAUCAGAAGAAGAAGCAACCUAAAUAGUUAAUUGAUGGUUUGAUUGACGCUUUGGUUAAUCGAUUAGUCCCGUGGUUAGUUAAUUUCGUUCAGUUGGGUGUCCAUCGACUAAGCUGACUUUGUAUGUACCUGAGCCUAGCUAGGACCCAGCAAAUCAGCUAGAUGUGUGCGUGCGUCUGUUAAUCAUGUCUGAUUUCCCCUUUGAAUACUUGUGCUCUUUGAUUGUGUAUUUGUCAUUCCACCCGCUUGUUUUCCGAUCUUUUUUUUUUUUGCGAAGUUCGAUUUUGCUACUGAGGGCUGAGGUCGAUCCACGUCACCCGCUAUCCACUAAGGUUGUUCUAUAGACCAUGGCCCAUGCAGAAAAACAAAGUUGUUCCCAUUCUCUCGAAAGAAAUAGAAUGUGUAUUUUCCUUUUGUGGGUAAACUGAGCAACAUCGCCCUUGCCUAUUGGCCUUACGCCCUUACAUCCACACCUUGUUUAGGGUUAGAUAAAAUACAACAUUUCAGCAGUGACUAAAGUACGAUGAGAGGUUGCAUUUAAAUUGUAAACAACAUUUAUGAACAAUAACCAAUCUUUUGGCACAAAAGAUCUAGUGAAAGGUGGCUUCUCAAAGGUGGCAAAAACAUAUAACACAAUUAUUUUUCAUAGGGUUGCUGGUGAGGGGAAAUAUGCAA